CAGAUAGGGGACGCCGGCAAAAUCAGUUGGAGAGGUUGAGGGGGCCAAUAACCUCUGGCUGUGGAAUCACUGCAAUCUGGCCCGUGUUUGCAGAUGAUAAUGCGCCUUUCCAAAGCCCUGAUAGACAUGGAGAUGGCAGAUUACAGUGCAGCUUUAGAUCCUGCAUAUACGACACUGGAGUUUGAGAACAUGCAAGUCUUGGCAAUGGGCAGUGACACUUCCCCAUCUGAAGUCACAAAUCUCAAUGCUUCUAACAACAUUGGAGCCAGUGUGUUAUGUGCCAUUUGUGGAGAUCGUGCUACAGGGAAGCAUUACGGUGCAUCCAGUUGUGAUGGCUGCAAAGGGUUCUUCAGAAGAAGUGUCAGGAAGAAUCAUAUGUAUUCUUGCAGGUUUAAUAGACAGUGUGUUGUAGACAAGGAUAAAAGGAACCAGUGUCGAUAUUGUAGACUAAAAAAAUGUUUUCGAGCAGGAAUGAAGAAAGAAGCUGUACAAAAUGAGCGUGAUCGAAUCAGUACUCGGCGAUCUAGCUAUGAAGACAGUAGCUUACCUUCCAUUAAUGUUUUAUUGCAAGCAGAAGUCCUUUCACAACAGAUAUCAUCACCAAUGUCAGGGAUUAGUGGAGAUAUCAGAGGGAAAAAGAUUGCAAAUAUUGCAGAUGUAUGUGAGUCCAUGAAGCAGCAACUAUUAGUGCUUGUAGAAUGGGCCAAAUAUAUCCCAGCCUUCUGUGAGCUUCCCCUGGAUGAUCAGGUGGCUUUGCUACGGGCCCAUGCAGGGGAACAUCUCUUACUGGGGGCAGCGAAACGCUCUAUGGUGUUCAAAGACAUCCUUCUGCUAGGAAAUGACCACAUAAUCCCCCGAAACUGCCCAGAAUUGCUGGAAAUCAGCCGCGUAGCUGUGCGAAUUCUAGAUGAGCUGGUGUUAACGUUUCAAGAGCUGCAGAUUGAUGAUAAUGAAUACGCUUGCCUGAAAGCCAUUAUCUUCUUUGAUCCAGAUGCUAAAGGUCUAAGUGAUCCUAUCAAGAUCAAACGAAUGCGAUAUCAAGUUCAGGUCAGCCUGGAGGACUACAUCAAUGACCGGCAAUAUGACUCACGAGGACGCUUUGGGGAGCUGUUACUUCUCCUGCCCACCCUCCAAAGCAUCACAUGGCAGAUGAUUGAGCAAAUCCAAUUUGUUAAACUGUUUGGCAUGGCCAAAAUUGACAACCUGUUACAAGAGAUGCUGCUUGGAGGGUCAUCAAGUGACACACCUCAUGCUCACCAUCAUCCUCUGCAUCCCCACCUUAUCCAGGAGAAUUUGGGAACAAAUGUCAUUGUGGCCAACACAAUGCCUCCUCAGAUCCAUAAUGGACAACUGUCCACUCCUGAAACUCCCCAACCUUCUCCCCCAGCUGGCUCUGGAGCUGAACAAUACAAACUGCUUCCGGGGGCCAUCGCAACUGUAGCCAAGCAGCCCAGUUCGAUCCCUCAGCCCACCAUCACAAAGCAGGAGGUCAUCUAGCAUCCAACCGAAUGAGGAACCGAGGACUCAUAGACCGCUGUGUGGAGAAACAAACCUCCCCCGUUCUCAUCUCAAUCACUCUAGUGGUCGAACAAUUGAUGGAGCUUUUCCAGGGCAAAAAUGUGCUAUUUUUUUUUAUUCGGAAAUUACACAGGGGGGAAAAAAUAAAAAGUGAUCUUCACAUAUGCAGCUGUGACUGAAUGCUGCAGAACUUACAGAUUGGCCUCAGUGGACGCUUUACCCUUUGCAAAGAGAACCAGAUGUCAAACUGUAGAUCUGUUGGUGGCUGUUCCAAAAAUUGCACUGACUUGCCUGUUUUGCCACUGCC